CAGACCGGCGUGCGACAAAGGCGAAAAUUGGAGGGAACACCUGCAUCUGGGCUGGUAUUCACACUGGAGGAGGGGAGAGAGGGGCGCUACUUCACCACCACCCAAGGACGCACCCCGCAACACACACUUCGCAGGAGGGGCAGAGAGAGAGAGAGAGAGAGAGAGAGAGAGAUGUGGGUAUUAACUGGAAGUGGGGAGGGAAGCGCAGUCGCUGCUGGCCGCUGGGACGCCGAAAGGACAGGAGGGGAUGCGUUGUCGUGCUGAUGGCUUUCUUCCCUCUUCUCCCCACGAGAAGUCGCCUCUUACUCCAAACGGAGACGCAGGUGUAACCUCCUUACCCCCAGCCCCCUCCACCCUACUACUACUACUACUACCACCACCACCACCUCUCCACAUUUUCCAUGCGCCGCAGCUCUCCUUCCAAGUCAGCAGAGGGGGAUUUUUUUUUGUUUUUUACGCGCCGGAGUGGGAAGAAGAGCAUGAUGUCAAAUGAAAUGUGGAGCGUCUCCUCCGCGCGCCGUCUGCCAGCGCCGCUGUGAAUGCGAUGCCGGGUCUGCAGCCGGCACAGAUGACUUGAACCGGGCGGCUCAGGCGGUCGCGACUACAGCACUUGUUCCACAAAGAGAAGACUUUAUCGAGUAACCAUGGCUGACCAGUACAGUAUGUUUCUAACCACGGCACCCCCCCUCCGGCGAGGAAGCACACCCCUGCCUGUCAAACACCAGCUGCGGAGGGAAGAGGCCGUAUCCGAGGACUGCGAUUGGAUCCCGGGCUUGGAGGAGCCUGCCACAUUGCCUAUCAGUGACACAGCGGUGCCUCGGGAUGAGUCCUUCAGCCAAUCGGCAGCCGCCCAGUCGGCUUACCACAGCCACAGCGGGGCAUUGAGAAUAGUGCUCCUGGGACAGAAUGGCGUGGGCAAGUCAUCGCUGGCCUUAUCUCUGGCUGGGCAGUCGGACAGAUCCCUCUCUAUAGACUCUGAGACACAAGCAUGUGGUGAGGGCUACGAGUGCACAGUGACAGUCGACGACGAGGACAGCAAAGUCAUAAUUUUUGACAACUGGAAACUGGACCUGUCCACUUUACAGUGUGAUGUGUGUAUCCUGGUCUUCUCAGUGACUGACAGGCGCAGUUUCCACCGCACUGCCCAGCUCCGCCUCCUCCUCAGGGAGUCCCAGCCACACACACCAAUCAUCCUGGUGGGCAACAAGAGUGACCUGGUCCGCUCCCGUGAAAUCAGCUCAGAAGAGGCCCAAUCCAGCGCCAUGAUGUUCGACUGCCUCUACCUGGAGCUCUCAGCCUCCCUGGACCACGGCACCAACGAGCUGCUGGAGGCGGCAGUUCGGACUGCAAGGGGCGACUGCGUGGGCCCUGGCUGGGCCGACGGAGACCCCGGGGCAGGCCGCAGGGAGAGCCUGACCAGCCGGGCCAAACGCUUCUUGGCGGGGCUGGUGCCACGCUCGUACGGCCGAGACCGGGACCGGGAUCGGGGACGCUACCGGGAGAUGAGCCGCCACCGGGGCAGCAAGAUCCUCCGCCAGAAGUCCCGCUCCUGCCACGACCUCAGUGCACUGUGACAAACACACACACACACACACGCAUACGCACACACGCGCGCGCACACACACACAAGCAAAGAGACAUACUCCCUCAAAUGUACAAACACACCAUAUUGAAAGAUAUGAGGGAGGAGUAAAAGAUGGAGGCGGAGAGGAGGGUAAAAUUGAAGAUAGUAGGGAGGAGCAGACGACUAAAGGGAGGGACAAGAAGGAGAUGGAGGAAACUCACAUGAAAUUAGAGGGGUAGAAGGAUAACAAUUGUGCAAUGGCAGACAAACACACACCCAAGUAGCACAAACAGAUUCUGUCGAGACCGAUAGCAAUCUCAUGUAAACCUAUAGUUGACCCCGUUUUAUAGCAUGCUGAGUAGACGAUCUAAGACAUGACCCUGUAGGUUUUACAAUUACAUGAUACUGGAUUUACUGUACCUCAGUGGCCAAUAGCUAAUGCACAAUCUAGCUAGCGUCUCUAGCAAUGCCAUCAAAGGCAAGACCCUUUAUUUAUAACACUGCUCCCUCUCUGCGCAAUUUUUAACCACAAUCUUCACACUGCAUCCACCUUUCAUGUCUUGUACUCAUUUAGAGAAGUGUUUAAUACCACCAAUGGCAAAUGUUCAUCUGUGACUUUUAUACAAAGCUAAAAGCAUCAGCCGCCCAAGCCAUAUUUUGUGAUGCAUCGUGAGCGAUCAGCACAAAGAACCCUUUACCGUAGGAUGUGGAGUGAAAGAAAAAAGGUCAGAACACCUAUAAAGAAGAAGACGUUAACAUGGAUGACCAGACUGAACUUCUCCUCAGUUGAGGCUGAGUCACAGAACACUGGGAUGUUCUUGAAGCAAAGGACAGGACAAACAAGAGAAAGCCUAGAAUCUUCCUGUGGCCGUUUGAUGUUUUCAUUUUUCGCCUUGUACCCACGAGCAUUAUUGCCUGUGUUGAGACCGAAUUCUGUGGGGGCUGGCCGCACAGGUGACCCAAAAAAGAACGUUCUGGAAACGUUGUUUGGAAAUCUCGUCAAGCGUGACGGCGUCACUCACACAUGCUCACUCGUUUGUCACCGUCUACUAAGCACUGUCAUUUUUCCACU